AUGCACCUUUCGGAUGAGGUUCAUGACACGGAGUCACCUCUGACCCCGCAGGUCCCUCAAGACGAGUGGGGAGGCUUUCCACUUGGGAAAGAUGAGGAUAUCCCGUGUAGACGCAUGCGCAGCGGGAGUUACGUAAAAGCCAUGGCGGAGGAUGACAGCGGAGACUCGGACGGCAGCCCUAAACCCUCGCCCAAGAUGCAGGCGCGACGGGCCAGCUACCUCAAAGCCACCCAGCCAUCACUGACAGAGAUGACCACUCUGAAUAUCUCCACAGAACACUCUCCAAAGCUGCAGAUCCGGAGUCACAGCUACUUGCGGGCGGUGAGUGAAGUUUCCAUCAAUAGGAGCAUGGACACCCUGGACCCCAAAGCUCUGCUAGCCUCUCCCCAAUACCGCUCACGCAACGAGAGCUACAUGAGGGCUAUGAGCACCAUCAGCCAGGUGAGUGAGGUUGAGGUUAACGGGCAGCUCGAGGCAGUGUGUGAGAGUAUGUUCAGUGAAAUGGAGUCACAGGCAGUGGACGCCCUGGACCUUCCCAUGCCCGGGUGCUUCCGCAUGAGGAGUCACAGUUACGUGCGUGCCAUCGACCAGGGCUGCUCGCAGGACGACGACGGGCCUUUGCUCCCAGCUUCCCCCCCGAGGACCACCACAACUGUCAGAACCAUCCAGAGCAGCACAGUGACCAACAAUGAUCCAGAUGUCAGGCAGGAUGUGUGA